AUGCGCAUUCGUCUUCUGUACACAGUAAGCAAAGCGACUUGCUAUUUUUGCCAUCCUGCAUUCGCAAAUAUCUAUUUAGAUCUAGCCCCUAUAAACAAGGUAGAAAACCACAGUUUAUAUUUUAAGAUUGAAACGGUGGUUCAAUAAAACCACGCGAGUACUUAUGUGGCUUUAUAAAAUCAUACUUAGUCAUUUUUACUUUUAGAAUUUCAACUGGAAGUUACCUAUCAAUUUUCCCAAAAUUUUUGAAUUUGUUUGUUUGAUGUGGUCACCAGUAAUUUCAUCUACUGUUCUGAAAACAAAUUGACAGGAAAUAAAUGAUUCCGCCGUUUACAAAGCCUAAUACCUUUCAAUUAAGAAAUCCAGCAUAAUAAUUUGUACUACGCUAAUACAAUUCUCGGUUCAAAUUCUGUCAUAAUCAUACCAGAGUCUCUAGAUUUUGAAUUAGGAACUUAGUGAUAAGACACCUGCCUCCAAGGAGUAUCCAUCAAAAUGUGUUCAAGUAUCAUCAUUCCGUCUGUGUUUUAUAAUUGUAUUAUAGGUAAGAAUGCAUCCUAUCGUAGCAAUGUUCUUUCAACCUGCAAGUAUUGACGAAUUCGACUUUGACGUGGAAAAUGUGGUCGCGAUUGCAGACUUCCUACUUGCAUCCAGCGCACUGGCAGAACGCGAGCUGUUGCAUUUCAACGGAUUCGUCUUUAAUGGCAUUGUUCUGAAUGUCCACGGACCGCGUUGGAAGGGACUAACUUCAUGGAGGCGUGAUGCGCUUAACUCACUGGACCAGCUUGCGUCUAAGGCGUCUGCCAUCGCAUUGUUCUAUUCUUGUUUCACAUGA